AUGAUUCGUCAACAGAAUGCUGUCCCAGCCCAAGCCCGUCGGACGCCUGGCAAGGUCAACGCUUGGAUACUAGGAAGCAGUAUUGCGUCAUUGGCAUCGGCUGUCCAUUUGAUUUUGGAUGCCAAUGUGCCUGCCUCUCAGAUCCAUAUCCUUGAGUCUCAAGAUACCCCUGGAGAUGGAAUUACCAGUACUGGCGAUUCGCUAAUCGGAUACGAUCAUCGACCUGGAUGUCUGCCAAGCUUCAGUGACGUUUGCAUGAAAAAGCUGCUUGCCUUGGUGCCUUCCACAAGCGGUUCUGGAGGGACAGUCUUGAAGGACAUCGAAAAGUAUUAUGAGGAUAAAGCUUGCCAAAAUGUUCCUGUUACACACGUCUUGGCCCAAGGAGAUCAAAGACCAAGGAGAAUGGACGCUAGGAACCUCGGCCUAGCCCUAAUAGACCGAAUGAAGUUGACGAUGCUCCUAUUGAGAUCCGAGGAAAGCCUUUCCAGAAAGCAAAUCAAUCAGAUUUUCAACAAACCUUUUUUCGACAGCACAUUCUGGAUUGCUUUCUCUACUAUAUUUACCUUCCAGCCGUGGCACAGUGCAGCCGAAUUCAGGCGAUGCCUUCAAAGAUACUUCUACGAGUUUCGGAACUUGAACACUAAGAAACCCCUAGAUUGCACUCAGUUCAAUCAAUUUGAAUCAAUUAUUAUGCCGAUCAUUCGAUUUCUUCAAAGGCAAGGAGCCGAUUUCAGACUAUGCACCAAGGUUACAGACAUUGCGACACAUUCAGACUACGGUACAGAAACAGUUUCAGCCAUUCAUGUAUUGCGCGAUAGCUCCCGGGAAACAAUCACUGUCAGUGCCGAUGACAUAGUUAUCGUCUCUCUCGGAUCUAACACGUCAGGCUCGUCGAGCGGUACCAACAAAAGCCCGCCAUUUCCAAAGACGAUGAUAGCUGAAAACGAGUUGGAUGAAAACUGGUCACUGUGGCUAAAUAUACGAACGCAGCAUCCUACACUCGGAGAUCCAUAUAAUUUCUGCACUCGGGUCACUGAGUCUAGGUUGGAGACUUUCACGGUUACGCUCAAGGAUGCUGAUUUCUUUAACCGUUUCGUCAAAUUGACAUGUGACGAGCCUGGCAUAGGGAGCUUAGUCUAUUUAAAAGACUCCAGUUGGAAGAUCAGCGUGUGUAUCCCACAUCAACCAUUUUUCCCCCUUCAACCCGGCAAUAUACAGACUUUCUGGGGUUAUGGCCUUUGUCCAGAACGUGAGGGUAGCUUUGUGAAAAAGCCGAUGCUCAAUUGUUCCGGGGAGGAAAUAAUGACUGAACUGUUGUGGCACCUCGGCUUCCUCUCACAAUCAAUCCUCAAAAACUCCAUCACAAUCCCAUGUGUGAUGCCACGGAUGACAGCAUCACUAUUACCUCGGGCUUACGGAGAUCGUCCAAACGUGAUACCAGAAGGGAUAACCAAUCUUGCUGUGAUCGGCCAAUUUGUGGAAAUACCAGAUGAGACCACCGUGAGUAUGGAUUAUGGUGUGCGAGGAGCCCAGUUAGCAGUGAGACAGUUGAUGGGCCUUGGCGAGGAGCCAGAGAACACAAGAAAGAGACUUUUCCUUUCUUUCCUGAAUUUAUGGGUUUGA